AUGGGGGGCACCGCGGGGCAGCGCCGCAACGAGAAGGCGGAGCGCGAGCAGGCGAAGAGGGACGGCGCCGCCGCGGCCGCGGCGAAAGCCGCGGAGGACGCGAGAUGGGCGGGCUCGGAGAACAAAAAGACGCGCUCGCAGGCGAAGCGCGAGGAGGGCGACGCCGCCGCGGACGCGCGCGCGGCGUCCCGAGCGGAGGCGAAGCGCCUCGCGAAGCUCGAGGAGGAGGAGAUCGCGGGGAUGGGGAAGCCCAAGGGCGGCGGCGGGAAGAAGGGCGGCAAGAUGACGCAGGCGGAGAUCGCGGACGCGCGCAAGGCGGAGGCGAAAGCGGCGAUGAUCGCCAAGUACGCCAGGGCGAAAGAGGCGAAGAAGGAGACGAGCGAGGAGGCGUACGCGGCGAUGGUCGACGUGAAGAACGAGAACAAAGAGGAUAAGAUCGAGGCGUCCGGGAUCGACGCCGCGGUGGAGGCGAUGACGGGGAUGAGCGUCGGAGGAGGCGUUGGCAGGGGCGGAAGCGGCGCGAAGCCCGGGACGACGAACAUGAAAGCCGCGUACGCGAUGUUCGAAGAGCAGGAGCUGCCGCGCUUGAAGGAAGAGAGGCCGGGGUUGAAGAUGUCGCAGUACAAGGAGGCGCUGCACAAGGCGUUCCAGAAGUCGCCGAUGAACCCGCAAAACUUCGAGCGAUGA